UGAGUUUCAAUACUAUAUAGUGGGAGAGCACUAAACAGUGGAUUCACUAGCAGUUAACACCGAAACAAGCUCCUGAAGCUCUCUGUGAAAAUUCAAGAAAAUGCAGACUCCAGAGGACAUUCGAAAUCUCCCUAUCGACAUCACAUUCUCCCGACUUGGAGAAUGGCUGGUUGAUCGGAAGAGAAUUCCGGCCGAUUGGAGAAAACGGAUUUCCGCUGUUAGAGCUCGAAUUUCCAAGGAGUUCGCUUCUCUGCCUAAGGAUAUCGAUACCUAUUUCCAAACCCUUGACCCUGAAGGGAUUGGGUACUUGGAGGCCAAGAAAAUUUAUGAUAUUCUUGUGAAAACAACGCCAGAGAGCCGGAACAUAUUUGGCCGGCUAUCAGGUGCUGCUGGUGCUUGGGAGGCAAUUGUGCGCUCUUUUGAGAAAGACUAUAUCUACCUAGGUGAGGCUGCCCAAGUAAUAAUUCAGAAUGUAAAUUAUGAAAUACCAUAUCAGAAAAAGCAGGUGCAGAAGAUCCAGCAACAAUUAGCAGAACUAGAGCGGAAGGAGGCUGACAUAAAAAGAAGUGCAUCUCUUUCAGCAGCUAAAUAUAUUGAGGCUUGUCAAGAGCUUGGAUUGCAGGGAAACAAUGUCAGGUCUGAACUCUUAGAUACUGCAAAAUUGCUUCCAAGCACAUUUAGCAGGAUUCUAGAAGUUAUAAAUAGUGAUUCGAUGCUGCGCACAAUAGAAUAUUAUUCCACUUUUAUCAGAGAUGUUCACACAGAAAAGGAUAAAUCCGCACAGGCAGUAUUGUUGAACUUGAAAAAAAUUCAUGAAUAUCCCCCUUCUCUAAAUGUUUCUGCUGUUCCAGAGAUCCUUGAUUCUGAAAAUAUUGGAUUGAGUUUUGAUGAAUCGAGCAAUGUGAGACGGAAUGGGGAUUUUACUGCAGAUAAUAUUGACUGGGAUAUUUCUGUUGAUAGCUCUCAGAUUGAUUGGGAUAUUGGUGCUGUGGAAGAAACAGAUGAUGGUGGUAAUGGUUUGGGUCCUUACGAAAUUGUGAAUGCUAGUGACAUCAUAGAGAAUUCAUCACAAAAUGAAGCUAUAGGAUCUGAUCAAACCCCAUUAAAUAAAAGGGAAGGCAACUUGCAUCCAGAGAUUUCUGUAUCAGAAAUAUCUUGGGAUAUCAGUGUUGAAACACCUCGGGUGGAUGUGAUUGAUGAUGUCAAUUUGCCCAAUAUCAGCCUAGAAAAUCAGACACAUGUUGCAGAUCCUCCGAGUCAAAAUCCAGGGGUGAAGGAAGGCAGGAGCCAACUCUUGGAGACUGAGUACAGGAAUAACCUUCUUGACGAUUUGUACGAGAUCAAAGCAUUUUUGAGCCAACGAUUGGCUGAGUUGAGAAAUGGAGAUACUUUAUCCUUGCAACAUCAAGUCCAGUCAGUUGCUCCCUUGGUGCUGCAGCAAUAUACCCCUGAUGCCAUUGAGACAUUGUUGUCUGAUGUUUCCUUGGCAAUUUCCUUGCUGACUAAUCGGAAAACACGUGACUUGAUCAUGAUUCUUAACUCCAAAAGGUUUCUCGACAGAUUGGUAGGUACAUUGGAGGAAAAGAAGCAUCACGAGCAGAAGUUAAAGGAGGGGUUGAAGGACUUGGCUGCUAAACGCAUGGAACUUCAGAAUUCUUUAUCUUCAUCAUGGCCAAAGCAGGAAGCAGCUCUUGCAAAAACCAGGGAGCUGAAGAGGCUCUGUGAGAGUACACUUUCAUCAAUGUUUGACAGAAGGCCAGUGAAUCUAAUUGGCGAGAUCAAUACCUUAUUGAACAGUGGAAUUAGUGCUUGAACUCCCAAAAGUCUUUUUCUUGAGGCAAGAAUGUUACUGUUAGGAUGAUGUAGGAGGUGGAUAAUAGCUAUUUUUCACCAUUCACUUCAUAUUCUUGCUGUAAGCUGAAGCUCCACCCACUUAAUAAAAGUUUCUGAACAUGACAAGAUUUUUGCGAUGCUGCCAUGCAGACAUUACUUCAAUCUAGAGACGUAUGUCAGAACAUGGCUUAUUUACUUAUUUUGUAAAUCUAGAUGAACUUUCUAGUGGAAAAUGGAUAAUAUUUUAACAGCAGGGAAAAAUAGUUUCAUACUUUGUAGCUUUGAUCUUUUUGUGUUUAGAGAAUCAGAUUCUGGGACUGGUGAUUCUGUCUCUUUAUGAUUCUAG